UUCCAGCCGGCAGAUCUUCUAAGGUCCGCUAAGUAAUUAUGCCGAAGCUCUUCUAAAGUGCUCGGAGUUUAGCGGCGGGUUUGCGUGUCUUAUCUCCUGUCGGUGUUCUCUAUCAACGACCGGUCCGGAAGUUAAUAAUCGGACGAGAACACGCCCGCAAAGACAGGAAAGGAGCAGUGGAUGGUUCGAGAAUAUCCAGGGUUCGGAGAUGAGCUUACGAGGUUAACUCAGACCGUGGUCUUAGUAGUAUAUGCGGACAUAGUCAUCGGUAUUACUGGACGAAUCUGUAGAGUAGACAGUACAACGCUGCGGGGAUAAUAAACCUAGAUCCAUGAUGCAAUAAUAGGAAUUCUGGGGCUCGGGAGGAUAUAAAGACCCCUCAUAGCUGCCCCGCCGAAGAUAGACAUCAACGCCUUGUAUUUCCCAGACAUCUACAGACACCUUCAGUUACACAUCACAGAUACGAAUCGCCUCUGUCAACAUGCCUAUCCUCGUCGGAAGAGAGGUUGGUCCUACGGGCUAUGGAAUGAUGAGAUUGACCUGGAAUCCUACACCCCCGAGUGAUGAAGUAGCCUUUGAAACCUUGAACACGGCGUUGAAGCUCGGUGCCAACUUCUGGAACGGUGGAGAGCUGUACGGUACUCCCGAGAGCAACUCGCUGCAUCUUCUCAACAGAUACUUCACCAAGUACCCCGAAAACGCAGACAAAGUGGUUCUGAGCAUCAAGGGUGGUCUGAAGCGCGGUGCCCUGGUACCAGAUGGCUCUGAGGAGAACAUCCGACGAAGCGUAGACGAGUGUCUGCGAGUCCUGGACGGAAAGAAGAGCGUCGAUAUCUUCGAAUGCGCCAGACAGGACCCGAACACUACGGUCGAACAGACCGUGAGCAUCCUAGCUCAGCUCGUGAAGGAGGGAAAGAUUAAGGGCAUCGGACUCAGUGAGGUCGACGCUGAGACGGUGAGACGAGCAGCCAAGAUUCACCCCAUCGCGGGAGUCGAGGUUGAACUGUCCCUGUGGGAUACGCACGUCCUUGAAGAUGGCACCGCGGCAGCCUGCGCGGAACUUGGAAUCCCUCUGAUUGCCUACUCUCCGCUUGGCCGGGGAGUUCUGACAGGCUCCAUCACCAAACUCACUGAUAUCCCCGAGGGCGACUUCCGGAGACUGCUGCCUAAGUACCAAGAUGAGACUCUGAAGAACAAUCUGCAGCUGGUCAACGAAGUGAAGAAGAUCGCCGAGCGAAAGAGUCUGACCCCUGGUCAGAUCGCUCUGUCCUGGCUGAAGACCUUGAGCGCAAAGCCUGGCAUGCCUACGAUUAUUCCCAUCCCUGGUGGUACGACUAGCGACAAGGUUACUCAGAAUACGAAGGACAUCCCUGAACUUGACGAUGCGGAUAUGAAGGAUCUCGAAAAGAUCUUGCAGGAGCACAAGGUGGUUGGAGAAAGAUAUCCUUCGCACUAAACCAGUAUUUACCAGCCUCCGUCGAUAGACUACUUCCAUCCCGGUCAGAGCAACGAUUAUUGCUACGCAGCGAAGCUAUACGGGGGAAAAAAAAUCAGGCGAUAAACUCUGCAUAUAGCGGACUCUACUUGGCAUUUCCUGUUCUGAAAUGAAGGUCAGCUAAACCCUUUUGACGUCUUCUGAAAACAAAUGCUUCGAGUG